AUGGGUUCGCUUUUCUAUGUCCGUCAGUUCUGCUUUCUGACCCUUUUGAAGGCUUUCACCACGUCGUGCCCUUUCUUUCACGGUUUUGACUUCAUCCGCAGAAGGGCUAUAUGGGAUCAGAGUCAUCCAGAUCAUCGCAACCGAUACGUGCUAGAUAAGUUAUGGGAGGAGGUAGCCAAUGAAUGCAAUAAUCAGUCGGUUAAGAAAGUUUCUGAGAAGUGGAAAAAUCUACGUGAUUAUUUCAGAAAAGAACUGAAGAAAAUACCUCUGCCCCGGUCUGGUGAUCCAGGCGAAGAGGCUCUUAAAAAGAGCUCCUGGCCUCAUUUCAAAAGUUUAUUGUUUCUGAGAGACCAGUUUCUGCCGAGAUCCAGUCAUAGCAACCUGUUGGAUCCCGACAAUGACACACAAGUUUCGACACCCUCUACGCAGAUGGAUGAAAAUGAUGGUGACUAUGACGAAGACGAAAUGGACGAAACGCAGGGUGUAGAAACGCAGGAAACAGAACCCGACCACACAGAAUCAGUCACUCCAAUUCAAAGCACACCAAAAGAACCACGAACUAUUCUAAAGAAUAGGGCCCGAAAACGGUCAAAUCAACUUGACGCUUUUCUUGAGAUAGAGAAGAAAAAACUACAAUAUUUAGAUGAGAAACGUGUCGCUGCAGACCGUGGCAGAGCCCUACCAGUCACAGAUGACGAUAAACUGUUUUUUGAUAGCCUUUUGCCCCACGUGGUGAAAAUUAGGCCUCAUCGAAAACUUCAGUUCCGCAAUGAAAUUCAAAAUUUGGUUCAGAAGUAUGCCUAUGAAGAGUACUCGAACAAUCAGUCCACCAUCAAUGUCAGUCAUUCUGUUAAUCAUAGCCCGACAUAUACAUCUCAACCACAAACAUCGUUUGCACAUUCAUCCCAUUUGUUGCAGGGGUUUAAUUACGCAGAUCAGAUACCAACUACGAGUGUUAAGCCCACCCACCAGAAGAUCAAAACCGUACUUCUCGCGCCAUCUAGUGAGCGGCGCUUCAACGCAUCAACCGUUUGCUACUGGCCAGGCGGUUACCCUACGUUACCGACCGGGCGAAAAAUCUACAGGUUUUCUUGUUACCAACCAGUGACGCAAGAGAGAGGGGAUGAUGGUGCCACGAGAGACAGACAUUAUUAUUCACUUAUACAAACCUUUUCAAAUAACCGAUGGAAUUGCCUGAUAUCACUGCUGUCUCCAUUUUCGGAUGGUUUACGCAAAUCCUUCAGACGUUCAACCGUGUCAUCAGCAAAUUUUAGGGCAGAUGACAAGUCACUCUCAGGUUUCUGGAGAUAUUUUGAAAGAGGAAGGGUGAUGCUGAAUAUGAAUUCACACACCACCAUUGCAACGAGAAAACUUCCUUUUUCGAUAGAGGCUAGAAGAUUGGCAGCUGAAGACGAUAUUGCUCUAUUGGACGUAGAUAACUCUUCCAAAGUAGCAACUAUGGCUGGAAAUACUUCGACAAAUCGUGAACCAAACAUCAAAAGAGCAACACUCGUCGGCUCAUCACGUCACUGUCUACCUUAUCCGCCCACAUGCAAAGCUUCAACUGUACUGUAA